UAAACAAUUUAUUUAACAAAUAAUUAACUCUACCUAACCUCACUUCAUCUAUUGUUUGUGAGAAGAAAGAAAGAAGAAAAUACAACAGAAUUUGUUUUUGUGUGUUGUGUUGUUUAUUGGAGCAACUGUACUGGGUUGAGGUGGAGCAAAAAGCUUUUAUUUUCUACACAAAGUGGGGAAAUUGUCAGUUAUUUUGGCGCCAAAUUUUUGACAGUUGCCAUAAGCAAAAGACGCAAAUAAAUAAAAAAAAAACAUACAUAAAAGUGAAUAAGUUGGAGAACUGAACAAAAAUAUAGAAAAAAACAGACAAAAACAAGUGAAGGUUAUUAAUAACUACAAAUAAAACAUCUAAACAAUAAUAAUAAUAUUACAAAAAAGAUAUUAAUAAAAUAAUCAUAAAAAUGUCGGCUGCUCGUGUUUUGAAUCCUAUGCUUAAUGAGUUCUGCAAAAUGACCUCAAGUCCUCAUGCCAUGAGAGCAAAUCUUUCCUGUGGCCGUCAAUUGAAUCGCAUCAAAAGAGAUCUCUUUGGACCAGCCAACCCCAUUGAAACCAACAAAAUCUUCAAUGAGGAAUUAGAAAAACACCAAGAGAAGGCUGCCAAGAAGUGGGGAUUUGAUUUUCGCAAUGGCUCUCCAUUAACUGCCAAUCCUCAAUAUAUAUGGGAACGUGUUUCCUCACAAGAAAGUGGCAUUGCUCCCGAAAUGUACACUUUAACACGGGCCGCCCAUGUCAGACCUUUAGCCGCUACCCCUGCACCCAAAAGCCACAUGGAAAUGUUAAUGGAAGAACGUGCCGAUCGUGAAAAUAAUUUCAAUAUAUCCCAGUCAGCCACCGAUACAGAUUCCUGCGAUGAUUCACAAGAUGAAUCAAUGGUGGUUUUCAAAGUUCCCGCUGGUCCCAAUAAUGCUGAAACCUCAUUGGCAGUGCCCCGCAAAACACAAUUGCGCAAAAGACAACCCAAAAUAACAGAAUACAUGAAAGAACGCAAACGUUUGGCUCAAACACCCAAAAAAGUAUCUCCUGCUAAGCGUAUGCGUACCUCUUCUGGAUCCUCUUCAGCGUCAUCAUCUUCUGCAUCACAUUUCAACCAUGCUGUCAAUGCCAACAGCAUAGCAGCGCAUUUUUCUGUAAGAACACAGCGUCAUAAUUAGUUUUUAUUACAAAAAAAACAAAAAACUAAAA